AUGCAUCAGCAAGUGGUUGCUUCCUAUUCCUCGUCGCGAGAGGAGGCAAAUGAGCACUCUGCACGAGCAUCCUCACAGACACCCUCUCGAGAGGGUGAUACUCGAGGAGUUACAAGUAGUACUAAGGACCCUGUGGAUUUAUCAUCCAAUUCUGAGGUAAAUAGAAAUCCUCAAAGAAGGACAUUCACAGAAACGACCGCUGUUGAGAUGGAAUCUUCACCUGCCGAUGUUUAUCAUGAUAGUUCGGAACAGACUCAUAGUUCGGCUGCCUUAGAUGAAGAUGAUGAUGAAUUUACAAGCACUUCUCUCUCUAGCAACAACAUGAAUAAUAGUGAGAAAUAUAUUAAUGAUUUAAUUAUGGAUGAAGAGGAAUGGAGAAAGCAGUUGGAUGAUAUACAGAAAGAUCUGUCCUCAUCCAAACAACAUGAUGAAACUAAAGGUUCUGAAAUAGCUGGAGUUUCAUCACCAGUAUACAUGGAUCAUCAUAAUGAUCUCUCACCCAAGAAUGAGUACCUCACCGAGGUUCAAAAUCUAUUGGUGAAGAUCAAGCAUGAGAGGGAGAAAACAAGUCCACUCCGAGAUCGUCAUCCCCACUUCAAACCUCCAUCAGAAGUAACCAGCAGUACAGGUAUCCUUACCAAGAUUAUGAGAAAGAAUUUAGAUGAUGAUUUGGAAAAUGUGAUUGAGGAAAGUACGAGAUUAUUGAGAGAAGAACUUCCCAUGUUUUCAUACGAGCUUAAAUCCCCAAAGACAUUAGCCUUUUCGGAGCUAGUUGUAAAAUCACAGCGAGAAAAACGUCGCAAAUCACCAUCGUCCUAUAGUAUUCGUCAUACACCAACUCUUUCAAAACCUGUGAAUGAUUUUCCAUUUCACUUACUUGAAUAUUCAAAUUAUGACGUCUCGAGAGGAAUUUUCAAGGACAGCAAUUAUAGAAGAUAUCAUUUCUCUUCGAGUCAUGAGGACGAAGAUGGUGAUGAUCUUUCAACAAAAUUCUUUCCUCACCUUAAUGAGACAAUCCAAAAAGCAACACCAAGCAGUAAGAGACGCCUCAAAUCUAAUGUUGUUCUCACCAAAAACACAAUUACAACACCAGACAAGAGAGAAUACUAUGCGAAUUCUACCGAAAUUCUUCCAAGUAAUCUUUCAAGUAAGCACAUCUAUGAGAUGGAAGAUGACAACUCUCCCAACAACAUCAACAAUAUCACACCAAAGACAUUAUCCAGCGACAUUGCAAAAGAAGUAUCAUCUCCAAACAUAAAACAUUCUCCAACUAUUCCAGUGUUAGCAUCGAAACCUACAAACGGGGAGGUAGCUAGCUCAUCAUUGAUGGAAAAGGUGGAUCAAGCAGAGGAGCAAAGUGACAAAGAGGCAAAUCGCUCUGAAACUCAACAAGUGAUAACCAUGUCACAAGUCACGGGAGCUGAACCUUCAAUUCAAAUUACAACUUUCAAUGACGAACAAUUGCUGGAUAGUGGCAAGAGCAUUCAAGAAGAUUCUCUUAGAACAAAUAUUGAAACUCCUCCUCAAGCUCUUCCAGAUAUUUUAAGAGGUGAAGACCAUAAUAACUCGAUCCUGGCAUCCAAUACUCUUGAGACUCCAAGCAAUCUAUUAUCUCAAAAACCAGAAGAGAUUAGAGAAAUAGCAACAGGUUUAGAGCACGUACCCCAUGUCGAAAUUAUGUCCUUAGAAACAGUAAAUGAGGCACACGGCUUGAAUAAUGAAAUUUGCCAUUCUCCAAACGAUGCAACACAUGAAAUCACGCCAAGCCACAAUAACACGCAUCCUCAUGAACAUGGUAAUCAGCAUAUUCGAGAAUUAUUGAUUGUUUCAACCCCUGUCAUAGACAUUGAGCCUUCAUUAACCUCCCACCACGAAGCUGACCUAUCGACUGACCAUGUUGAUGAGGCAACCAGCACAGAUGAUAACAUUGAGCUAACUCCAACAUUCCAUACCAAAAAAUGUGAAGACAAAGGUACCUCUCCAGAUAAUUUUUCUGAAUAUCCUGUCAAUUCCGAUCAUGAUGAUGAUGUCAAUUCUUCAGAGAAAGUACACCCUGGCAAUGAAGAUGAAACACAUAUAAUUGGCUUAGAAGUAGACGAAAAUCAUGAGAUAGAUGAAGAAGAGAUUUUAAAUUCUUCUCAUGACUACAUUUAUGACAUUUCAUCACUGAGUGGAAUUAAAUUAGAGAACUUUCAUAAUUUAGAAUUUCUUGAGCCUGAAGGAGACAGUCCCAUUCAUCAUCAAGUCGAACAGCCAAAAGAGCAGACCACUGCAUGGCGUGAUAAAACUAGAAAUGAAGAUCAUCUUGAUGACGAACAAGACCGUAUUCCAUCCUGUUCAAAUCAUUACAAUCACCCUUCUGAAAAGUAUCGUGAGAUAAACAGCUCCACCCCAUCUGGCUAUGAAAGAAACUAUUCUCCCUCAAUUAAGAAUGAAGUAAUCAAAAGUACAAUUACUAAAAAGGAGUCAGCACCAAAGGAUCUCGACACCAUUGGUUUUCAAGACAUUAUUCGAUCUCUCAAUGAAAGCCAACAGUCAAUCCUUAACAUUAGUCAUUCAAGAGAAAAGAGCUCAGCUUCUUCCUACACCGACAAUAAUACCAUGCAUUCAGCAACUCCAAAUAAGACUGACUCGUCUGUACCAACUCUUUUAAUGGAUGACACUGAAAUGCUUCUAUCACCAAUCUUCCAUGAGAGUAAUCACAGCCCUACUCUCACCAACAAAUACAACACAACUACUCCUCCACGUCACACAUCGAGUGUCAACCGAUCCUCAAACUCAUCACCAAAUCAUGACAACAUGUCUACCAAUUCCAUAUCACCCAAACGAAGGUCUUCAAUCACCAAGAAAUCAACAAGCACAUCAGACAAUAAGGUGAUUCCAUAUUCUGAUGUAAGGCAUUUACAAAAGCAAACGUAUAAUCACUCGACCAUUGGAUGGUAUCUCAAUUUAUGCAGUGAUAAAUACAGUAGGACUCCACAACCCUCUGAAAAAUCCGUCAAGUGGGUGUGA